GUCAGAAUUCACCUGGAUACCGGAGCGCGCGCACGGGCCACUCAGCAGCUGUCAAUCACUGCAGACGCUCAGAGAUUAAUUACACAGGACAGACAUUUUUUCGUGGAUGUUUCGCCUGUUUGUAUUGCUCCAGGCUUAAGUGCACUAAUACAAGUUUGGGGAAAAAGUUCCGGGAGAGUUGCCUAAAGCACCGGACAGCGCAGGACACUAACGGGGCUCCCUGUAUUUGAUCUAAAAUUGUUUCAUAAUCUCAUAAAUAGCUGACUGAUCGACACGGAAACGGCUGAUUUGGUCCAGUUAAAAUGAAUCACUGGAAAGUCCUUGAAGUUUCCCUGAUACUGUUAUUGGCCGUUGCAGCUGGGUGUGGCCAGGUGCUGGACCGCUCACUCAGUCUGUCCAAUGAGAGGAGUUCUAUUGAGAGAACAUACGAGCUAACCAAAUACCUGGACCACCAGCUGAAAGAAAUCAGAGACACUUACCUGUCGUAUCUUGGACCUCCGUUCAAUGAUCCCGGCUUCUCCCCUCCACGUCCUAAUAGCUCCUCUUUAUCCGUGCCCAGUGCAGCUACACGGGUGGACUUAUGGCGUGGGCUGGAGAAUGGUGCCCGUCUGGCACAGAACCAGCGUGCGUACAGCAUUCUUCUCUGUGCUGUGAGGGAGCUGGCACGCUCCACCUUGUGCCCGUACCUCCAGAGCUCCCUACUCCAUUUCUGCUCCGGACUCAGUGGGUUACUCGGCUCAAUAUCAGGGCUGAUGAAUGCCCUGGGCUACACCUCACCUCCCUAUGGCAAUUUACUAAUGUCCCCAGGAUAUGCCACGCCUGCUCAAGGAUACACCCCACCCCUGUUGUCUCAGUAUCAGGGAGUGGACGAGAACAGCCCCGCCCCUCUACGGAGUCACAUGCCUCGAAACCAAGGUGUUUUGGGUGUAAGAGAGGGAACGAGUCACGCGGACAAUAAGCGAGACAGAGAGAGGGAGAGGGGGAGGAGAGGAAGGAGAAGAGAAGGAGAGAGCUGGGUAGCCAAAGAGGAGGGCGAGCAGGAAGAGGGAAUGGAGAGAUGGGGAAAGAGGAGAAGAUUACUAAGUGUUGAAGAGGAGACUUCAACAAAACUGAACUACAACAAUAAUAUCAAUAACAACAAUAUGAACAGCACAAUUCUCAAAUUUGGAUAUGGUGAUGGAGAAAUUAACCAGAAGCAGCCUGUACUCUUUACCUCGCUAUCUCUCCAUCCUCGUCGCUCUAUGCGCUCUGUAUCGUCCUCUCAUCCCGGUCUCUCUCCGCUCUCCCUCGUCUAUCAGUACGGAGGGUCGGCAGAGGUUCACACAUUGCUGGCGGCCCCAAUGCUCUCGUCUCACCCAGCCCCUAACGACUUCUCACGGAAGGUGGAGGGAUUCUGGGUGCUGCGAGAACUGCAGAGCUGGCUGUGGAGGUCAGCCAAAGACUUCACCCGACUGAAGAGACGACUACGUGUUUGAAAAAACAAAACAAAGGCUUUGUUCCAAAACCUUGUCAGCUGCCUUGCUGUCCACUGCCUACACACACAGCUGCCUUUUAUAGCCAGGUUCACACUGUGGGAUUUUAAUGCCACAAUGUUGAGUCUGAGACAAAUUUUGGGAUCAUAGAAAACAUUAGCAUGACAUUAGCAUGUUGACACUGACAAUUGACAUUAGCAUGUUGCUAAGCUAACAACACAAUGCUCUAAGAAGCAAACAAAUGCCCAGCACACACAAAUACUAGGUGCACUUGUAAUUUGUUUUAAUUAGAAUGUUUUAAUAGUUUGCACAUUUCAAAAGGUUUCUUAUUAAAAAUGAUCAGUAAUGAAUAAGAUUCUGAUUAUAUUUAUAUUCAACAUUUUCACUGGACUUGUUGCAUUCAGGGAUUUCUACAUAAAGAAUAUAUGUGAUGAUGUCCCAGAUUUAGCAGAAACUAGGCAGCUCGCAUAAUUAAACUUUCACCCCAAAAUGAAAAUUCUGUAAUUAUUUACUCAACCUCAUGUCUUUCGAUCUAUGGAACAUAAUAGGAGACGUGAUCAGUGUUAAACUUGUCAACGAAAUUACUGACCAAAAUGUUUGUUCACGAAGGGCUUUUUGAUUUCGUCAUCAAUAACCAAGGCAAACUGGGUCUAAUAAAACAAGCCCCAAAAAACGUGAGUGUAUUCUGGAAAUAAUUACCAAAAACGCUAAAUAAGUUGACAUGGCAACACUAGUUAUACACUAGUCAGAAUGCAUAACUAGCACUGUGAGUAUGCUGUUCCCGUAAAUACACGCUACACAUAAUGCAAUAUCCUAAACUGUCAAAAAAUAUAAUAUUCUCUAAAGCAUGACGAAUUCACAACAUAGAAACUUCUAAAAAGUAUAGGCCUAUCUGUAUUUAUUAAUUCAGGAGCUCAGGUUUUCAGGACAGUUUUCUCAUGAUAUGUUAAAUAUCUUUAAAAUGUUUGAUAUGUUUAAAUAAAUGUUUGUACAUUUAUUUAAAGGAAUAUUCUGUGUUCAGUACAAGUUAAACUCAAUCGACAGCAUUUUGUGGCAUAAUGUUGAUACCACAAAAAAUUAUUUUAACUUUUUUCUUAGAGAAAAGCAAAUAUUGCUAUUGAGAGGCACUUGCACAAGUAAAUAGGGUCCAUUUUAUAAAAAAGAUUUUAAGGCAGAAAUAUGAAGCUUAUAAUUUUAUAAAAGCAUUUAAAUGAAUUCGUCUGUUAAAACUCAUAUAUUAUUUGAGUGGUGCUGUUCGUCAGUAAAUCGUCAUUUACUGGGAAUACAGCAUUACGUCGUCAAGGCAACAAAGUUGUACAAUUGGAUAUAACUUUACACAGAAAAGGUUAGUAAGCAAUUUUAUCACACUAAAAUCAUGUUAACACACAUAUUGUUUACGCUCAUGUGGCUAUACUUUUGAAAAAGUGAGUAUGGAUUGGCUCCAUUCUCUUCCAGAAUUUAUUUUAGAUUUUUUCAAUUUCGAAUUUCAAUGCGCUCUAAGUCCUUGUGUUGGCGUAGUGACUUGCCUCAAUCCAGGUGGUGGAGGAUGAAUCUCAGUUGCCUCUGCAUCUGAGACCGUCAAUCCCUACAUCUUAUCACGUGACUUGUUGAGCACGUUACCACGGAGACCUAGUGCGUGUGGAGGCUUCAUGCUAUUCUCCGCAGCAUCCACGCACAACUCACCAUGCGCCCCACCGAGAGCAAUUAUGGCUACCACGAGGAGGCUAACCCAACGUGACUCUACCCACCCUAGCAACCAGGCCAAUUGGUUGCUUAGGAAGCCUGGCUGGAGUCACUCAGCACACCCUGGAUUCAAACUUGCGACUCCAGAUGUGGCAGUCAGCAUCUUUUCUUGCUGAGCUACGCAGUCCCCCGAAUUUUGCCUUUUUUAAAGAGACGGAGGGACUAGUAGAUAUUAAUUAUUGUGGCAAUCAACAUUAUGUAACAAAUGCUGUUGAAUGAGCUUAACUUGCAUUGA